AUGCAUUUGUCUACACAAGUUAUGAGCUUGGCAGAGACUGUGGUUGUGCAGGUAGCACAGCGAAUGACUUAUGAGGUAGAAAUAGCAAGUCUUGAGAAGGGCAGCACCAUCAGGGUUUCCAGCUCCUUAAGAAAAUUGAAACCAAUCCUGAGAAAUGGGCUAUUGUGCGUUGGAGGGAGGUUAUCACUGGCGAAUAUUGCCCCGAGCGAAAGGAAUCCAAUUAUUCUGCCAUAUAAGGGCCACUUGACUGACAUAGUUAUCCAGUAUUAUCACGAGCGUUCCAACCAUAUGGGCAUAAUGUAUGUUCUGGGUCUAAUGAGGGAGAAAUUUUGGGUGGUUAAGGGCAAUGCAGCGGUGAGGCGCGUGCUAGGGAAAUGCAUCAAGUGUCGCAGGGUACAUGGAAGGGUAAUUGAACAGCAAAUGGCCGAUCUACCACCUGAUCGCGUGGAGUCAGGGAAACCACCCUUCUAUCGCACCGGGGUGGACCUUUUUGGACCAUUCUUCGUGAAAAGGGGCAGAGCGCAGAUAAAGCACUGGGGAGUUAUAUUCACCUGCUUGAACAUGAGGGCCAUACACUUGGAAGUAGCGUCAAAUCUCACAUCAGACUCAUUCAUUAGUGCCUUCAGAAGGUUUUUGGCUCGUCGUGGACAUGUUAGGACGAUUCAGAUGCGACUGCGGCACUAA